GUACAACUAUCCUUCAAAGAUUGGAGAUGAGGAAGUAUAUACCGAACCAAAAUUUUCAUUUCCUCAUUGGGAUGAUGAAAUCUCAGGAUAUACACCACUUCGUAGACGAGCCUCUUUUCCUUCGACUUGCACGUCGGGAUCAAAAGACUGAUUAUGAGCAAUUUCGUAAAGCUCAUGCAUCUCUACAUGAUGAUAUUCGUGCUUUACAACAAGAAAUAGAAAAGUUCGAAGCAGCAUGCAUGUCAUCCGGAUGGAAUUCAACAAAAGAUCGAGAUGUUCGACAAUCCGAAACAACAUCUACAGUAACUGGCUCUCUAAUGGCAGCAGCAGUAUUUAAUGGUCCUGGUCGUACAUUAGCAUCACAAUCUGCUACCGCAGCCGCACGUGGCCAACGUCAACGUAAUAAAACAAGACAUAAUCGUGCGGAGAGCUUUAGUGGAGGUAAACCAACUAGGUGUAUAGGUGCUGAAGAUGGUUGGUCACAAGAUAAAGUGCAUCAAAAUGAAUGGAUUCGGUGUUAA